AAGAGCGGCUGUAUUUUCGACAUGUUCGUGAUCCUGGGCACGGUUGAGGGGCCUACAGCUUCCCUGUGUGGCAACAUGACCGGCUUUGCAACGACAUUCGCAGUGAAGGAGCUGAGCGACGUGACGCUUUCGUUGGUAGCUCAGGGGCGGCACAAGUUCUCCAUCACUGCCACGCAGUUCGCCUGCGCCGCCGUGCCUCCGUUUGUGUCUCCCAGCAGCGCUGGUCUCAGGAUCAGAGAUCCACCCAAGUAUGUCCCUGUCUCCACCACCACCCCGGCGCCUCACGUCAGGGUAACUCUGCCAUUUCUGUUUAACCCUAUUCCACCGUACAAAUAACUCCGGGAAGAUAACU